CGAGUGUUGAAUGCCGAAGACCUAAUUGACAUGAAUACCUUUGAUCAGCUGUUGGACAUGGACGAUGAAGACGAUCAUGAUUUCUCAUACAGUAUUGUACUCAACUACUUUGAACAAGCAGAGGCCACAUUUGAUGACAUGGAUGCUGCACUAGACAAGAAGGAUCUUUCAGAACUUUCACGCCUAGGACAUUUUCUCAAGGGAAGUUCUGCUGCAAUUGGAUUGAGAAAGGUCAAGGCAACUUGCGAGAAGAUCCAGAAUAUUGGAAACCGUCAGAAUGAGGAGGGUGAAAAGCUAGAAGAGGCCGAAGCUCUGGCCAAAAUUACACCUCUAUUACCUCAGGUCAAGGCUGAAUACUCUGAAGCUGAAGAAUAUCUGAAGAACUUUUAU